AUGGAAUAAAGUCAGGUUCUAAGUUAGGUUAACCUUCUUUAUACAGGUAAAAAUAAGCAAAAUUCUUUGAGACACUUUCGUUAACAAGCAGCUACUAAAUAAAGAGAACUGAAGAAAUAAAUAAUUGAAGAGAUUCAACAAAAACAUGGAAGUCCAUUGAAAUCUAAUUAAUCUGUUUUACAAACUUAAAAUCAAACACAAAAUGAAAAUUUCAUCAGUAAAUAUUAAGAACAAACACAGCCAAGCUAUGAUCUAGUAAUGUAAAAUAAUAUGCAAUACAAGGAGACAUAAGUUACUGAAAAGAUUUUGAAAAUAAUUGAAAAUAAUAAAAAGCUCCUCAAUUUGAAGGCGUUAAAGCUGAAAGCUGCUGGAAUCUACUUUGGGGAUGUUUCUAAAAACUGCUAACUUUCUAAAUACAACACUAAAGCUAAAAAUUUAGCAAAAUUUAAAAAAUUCAAAGUGCACAAGUUGGAAGAAAUAUAAUUUUUACCAUCUGAAUAGUCUGAGUUGUAUGAUUAAGUAAAUGGAAACAAGCCUCAAAAGUUUUUUGAGUUGUAAAAAAAGGAAGAAAAGAUGAUGAGUGAAAUAAAAAGUUAAAAAGAUGUGAUAGAAUUUCAAAAUUAUUAGCUUGAUAUAAUCAGAAUAAAGAAUAACAAUGACUUGCGAGAAAUAAAAAAUGUCAUAGGUCAAAACAAUUUAUUUUUUUUAGAGAGCAAAUUACUCUUUAUUAAUACCUAGUAGCUUUUGAGUCAGCUGCAAGAUUAAGAAAGUACAACCAAAUUUAAUAAACAAAUACAAGAAAAUAUUUAAAAUUUAAUCUAACGACUAAAUCAAUAGACAAGUGCACUAGAAAAUACAUUAAUUGAAAAUGAAAUCGCAUUAAAAACAAUUGGAUUAAACAAUAUUGCUGAAAUUUAAAAUCACUUUCCAAAUGGCAUGUAAGAUUCCAACUUGAAUUAAGCUGACAUAAUGUAUGAAGGAUCUUAACUGUUCGAGGAACAUUAACAGUAAAUUUUAUAAAAAGUAAGAAGCAUUGAAAAACUAAAAUAUUCUGAAAUAUUGAAUAAGAAAGCAAUCGAUUAACUCAAAAUUAAAAGUGAUGAAUAUGAGUUUCAUCUUAAAAACUUAGUAGAAAGCAGAGAAAGUCCUGAAAGUUUGAAAAUUAACUUGAAGAAAAUCAUCGAAAUGCAUAAGGCAAUAAAGUAAUUGACAGAGGAAAAUGAAGCAUUAAAUAAGAAGAAUGAUUUGCUCAUUAAAUCAGUAAACUAGCAUAAAUCGGAUAGUAAAUCUCUUACUGAAAUAUUAAACUUUAAGGUCAAUUAAUUAUAUUAGAAACUUAGUGAUGAAAAGCUAGAUUAGUUACCAGUUAUUAAGGUUUUAGCAUAAAAAGAUGACUCGAUAAAAGAACUAAAUAAAUAAAAAGAUAUUUUAGAUGAUAUAAUAGAGUAAAACAAAAAAGAACAUGAAAGCAAAUAGAUUAAUCUCUUGAUGUAGCUAGAAUAGCAUUAAAAUACAAUUUAAAAUUUAGAAAAAUAACUUGUAGAAAUCUAACCUCAAAAUAAAAUAAAUACUACAAAAGUUGAUAUUAACGCACCUAAUUAUGCAAUAAAAGAGCUUUCUAAUAUAGUUCUUUCAAAAUAAACAAGCUCUAAAUAAGAAUAAGUUCUAGCGAAUUAGUAUUAGAAAGUGAACACCACUUAAACGCAAAAACUCAGAAAUGAAGAAAAGGAAAAGCAACUUAACGAAUUAAUUAAAGAAAAGGAAUAAAAGAUACAAGAAUUGAGUGAAAAAGCAGAGUAAUACUUGAACAUAGCAUUUUACCUGAAUGAUUUAUUAUUGGAAAUCAAUGAUCUAGAUGAUUAUAGGCUUAUUAGGUAAAAAUUAGAUAAUAAUAGGGAAAACAUAGUUAAAUAUUAUGGGGUUACUUCUGUUGAUUUCAAUCAAUCGCCUGAUCUUACUGCUAAGAGAAGAGGAAAGUUUGAUUUGCUUGGUAAAAAUUUUGCCAAAAGCAUUGAUGCAAAUACGUCUCCUUUUUUUGAAGAAUAAUUUUCAAGGAUUUCUUAGGAUUCUGCUUUUAUUUAAAAUAUCAAGGAUCUGAAAAAAAGAAGUGAAAGUAAUUUAUUAAAUGAUUUGCACGUUCUUGAAAAUAUGGGUGUUUAAUCAAUGUCUGAAUAUAUGCAUACAAGACUUAGCAAAAUAAUGAGAGAAAACUAUGAACUCAAAGAAUAAAAUUAAAAAUAAAAAUAAACAAUUGACUCUUUAAUGAUAGGCAGAAAGAGCGGCAAUGGUGCUUCUGACUUUGAAAAUGACUAAAUGAGCUAAAAAAUAUAAUAAGAAAAUAUUUAAUUUUAUGAUACAUAGCCAAGGAUGGAUGAUAUUCCAGAUAACUAUCUGUACGCCUUAUAUAUGCAAUCAAUUACAAUUGAAGAAAUGCUUAAACAAGCUGAAGAGGUUUAAAUGAUUACAAACGAAAUAGAAAAGAAUCAAGAAGAACAAUAAAAACUCUUAAAAUAAUCUCUAGAAUUCCAAAAAGAAGCCUCAAAGUAGAUUUCUGAAAACAAUAACUAAAAUGAUGAAAAUUAAUAUGAAACUAUAAGUGAGUUGUCACACUUGCAGCCUCAGCAAUACUUUUAAAUACAAUAACAGCAACCCUAUAUAAAUGAGAUAACAACUUCCCUCAGUAUAAAUCACACAACCUCUACUAUAACCCAUUAUAAAAACCUAUAAGACAACAGCAUAAUAUAAGAAUAAUCAAAUGAAGAUGAUGAACAAAAUGAAAAUUAAGUAAAUAGUAAUGGUUCAAAUAAUAUACUUUUAUCUUAAAAUUAGCAAUAAUAACACAUAAAUUAUUCUACAUAUAACCAAUAGUAUAAAAAUAAUUAUUUAUAUAACUCUUGA